AAAAUUCAAACACAUCAAACAAACAUCAGUUUUCAUUACUUGCAAUUUUCCAUCAAGAGUUUUGUUUUAAAAAUAUAUACAGAAGAAAAUAUGACUAUUUCAUCAGCAGCAGCAAGGAGAGGUUGGGUAGUGGCAGCAAGUGUUGGAGUUGUGGAGGCCUUGAAAGACCAGGGGAUCUGCAGGUGGAAUUAUACUAUGAGAUUACUGCAGCAGCAUGUCAAGAACCAACUUGGGUCGUUUUCUCAGGCCAACAAGUUCUCUUCCUCAUCUUAUGCUUUGGUCUCAACUAAAGUUAGACAAGAUGAGAAGAUAAAGCAGUCUGAGGAGUCUCUCAGGAAAGUCAUGUACCUCAGCUGCUGGGGUCCCAAUUGAUCAUUCAUCCAGCCACUCUCUCAAUUUUGAUACGCAAGAAAUCGUUGGCCAUGGUUGAACAAAUUGUAGACUGUAGCCUGAAUGGAAUUUGUAAUUUUUCACAACAAAUUGAUUGUUAAUUUUAGAUCUCUGAAUUUUCUGUAUGUAUAUACAAUUAAUGUAUGAGAACUAAUUCAUCAUGUGAUCAACAUUAACAUUAGCCUC